AUGGAUGAUUGUGAGUUGAUUCAGCUCUCUUUGAGAGGCUAUCAGUUUACAUGGGAGAGAGGGAAGGGUUCGGCCGAGUGGAUGGAAGAGAGGUUGGAUAAGGUGUUUGCAACUGUUGGGUGGAGUGGUCAACAGGAGGGGGCUUUUGUAGAGAAUAUUUUAACCCGUGCAUCUGAUCACUCGGCUCUUUACCUAAGUGUUUUGGGUGAAGGGUUGCAAGGUGGUGGGGUUCGUAAGUUUUUCAAGUUUGAGAUGGCAUGGUUGUUGGACCAGGGAUGUAGGGAAGUGGUGGAGACUGCUUGGCAGGAGGGUAAGGCGAAUGGCUCUCGGGAUCAACCUGCUUUAGCUGAGUUCCGGCGUAUUGAGGAUCAGUUGGCACGCCUUGAGGCUCAGGAGGAUGUCUUUUGGAGGCAGCGAGCUAAGCAACACUGGUUGAAGGGAGCUGAUGCAAACACUAAGUUCUAUCACAGGUCUAUAGCAUUAUGCAAUGUGAUCUACAAUAUUAUGGUAAAAGUGCUAGCUAAUAGGAUGAAACCGCUCUUGGGGGAUCUCAUCUCGAAAUCCCAAAGUGCUUUCAUCCCAAACAGGCUAAUAACUUAUGACAUUCUGGUUGCUGCGGAGGUGGGGCACUACCUGCAUAGGAAACAUAGUGGUUUGGUUGGUUGGGGAGCCCUAAAGUUGGAUAUAGCAAAGGCAUAUGACAUGAUGGAGUGGCCUUUCUUGCGUAGAAUGUUGGUAGCAUUGGGUUUUGCUUAUCGCUGGGUUGAUUUGAUUAUGUUAUGUGUCACCACGGUGUCAUAUAGUUUCUUAUUAAAUGGUGUUCCCAGCGGCCAAGUUGUCCCCACUCGGAGGCUGAGGCAAGGUGACCCUCUAUCACCAUUCUUGUUUAUAAUUUGUGCGGAGGUUCUUUCUUUGUUGUUGCAACAGGCUCAGGCCGCAAGUUUCAUCCACAAGUGCAGGGUGGCUAGGGGGGUCCCCCGGUUUCCUAUUUGUUCUUUGCUGAUGAUAGCUUACUUUUCUUUAAGGCCAAUGCCUAGGAGGCAGGGGAAUACCACUAUGGAACAUUGGGAGGAGGUGGCAGCUUUACUGGGUGUGACUCAGGCGCCAAAUUUUGGUAAAUAUCUGGUUCUUCCUGCUUUUGUAGGGAGGAAUAGAAGGGUAGUUUUCUCUUAUAUCGAAGACAAAAUCAGGCAACGUGUUGGUUCGUGGAAUAAGAAACUGCUCUCGCAAGCUGGUAAAGAAGUUUUAUUGAAAAGUGUGGCACAAGUUAUGCCUACCUUCUCAAUGAGUGUUUUUCUACUCCCUAAGUCAGUUUGUUUGUCUAUUGAGAGGACCAUGAAUCGUUAUUGGUGGGGUACUGGAAUGAUAGGGGAAUACAUUGGAAGGCAUGUGGUCAUCUACGUGUGCCAAGAAAGUUCGGUGGUUUGGGCUUCAAGGCUAUGCUGGGUAAGCAGGCACGACGGUUUCUCACUAUGCCCCGGUUUCUCGCUGCUAGGAUUUAUAAGGCACGGUAUUUCCCCCAAGACAUCUUUUAUGGAUGCUACUAUUGGUAAUAGCCCUAGCUACUGUUGGCGUAGUAUUAUGGCAUUUCAUGCUCUUCUCUUUGGUGGGGUGAAGCGAAAGAUUGGUGAUCGGCGAUCAACUCUAAUUUGGGGACACCCCUGGUUACCUGAUGGACCGGACCCUAUGGUGGCUACUCCUAUGCCUGUGCAGCUCAGUGGUUCUCUAGUUUCUAGCAUGGUUGAUGAGGUUAGUGACUCGUGGGACUUGUCUAUUUUCAAUGAUAUUUUCGUCCCUGGAGAUGUGUCACGCAUUGCUAGGAUCCCAAUUUCGCCAGCUUACAAGGAUUCUUGGUUUUAG